GUCGUCCUUCAACGUCGAAAGACUGAUUGUCGAACAGGUGCAACGGUACCACGGCGCAGUGGAUAAUAUUAGUAGUCUGUUUGAAUAUAAUACUUACUAGCACUGAAGUGAAAGGUCCGCUUUGCCGAUUUACGACCAACUUUGGGUGGUCCUGCACUUAACUCCUGCUUAACUCGCCUUAACCACCCAAAAGCUUGACUUAGUUCAUCUCAUUUUCUGGCUGGAAAUGUGGUGCACUCUCUGUGGUUUGCCAGCCAUGGUGAGGACCAAGCCGAAAUCAUGCAAAGGGCCUCCUGCCCCUCAUGCUGCAGAGGCCAGCCCAAGGAAGCAACGGAAGGGAGCAGUGCCCACGGGAAAUACCACCCUGCCAGCCAUCAACAAAGUCAAGGAAAGGGCCAAGCAACAGCACAAGCAUGCAAAGAAGAUGCACGAGAACUACAAUGGGUAUGUGGAACGAGGACAGAUGUGGCUGAAGGCACAUUUUGCUACAAGCAGGGGUGCCGUGGCAAGUAUGGAUUCAGAGACAAUGUCUAUCAGUACUGAUGCCUAUGAGGACCCCACAUUCAGAGAUGCUCUUGAGAGGAUUCCCAACCAACAUUCUGACAAGGCCCUCACACUCCUCAUCACCUUCAAGUGUUUCCAUGAGAACUGUGGCCAGAGCACGUGUGAUGGGACCUACUCAGCCUUCAAAAAGUUCUGGGAGGAAGCGGAUGGAGAUACCUACUGUGGGAGGUGGCAUUUCAAUGAGGCACACCUGUGCUGGGAAGGAAACCCUGCGUCGUCAGCUGAGGUUCAGGACAUCAUCAAGUCUGUCAAGCACAAGACCAGCAGUGAGGGUGGGAACAGAACUCACUCAAUUGCGAUGUCAAAAGGAUUCAUGGAUCGAAUCCUGGCCUGGACCCACACGCUCUGCCUGCCGGAGACAUUCCUUGGGCUUAUGAGGUCAGUUCUGGCAGCAGAUACGACGGACACAGAACUCCUCACACUGGAAUCACGUGAAUUGCUCACAAAGAUGACAAUGUACCAAGCAUUUAGUACAACAGCCUGGAACCUGUGGACAAGGUGCUUCGAGCUUAUCAAACUGAAACGGAAAGACUUGACCAUCGAUUUUUUCCAAGUCGGCACAACAUUCACAAGAUAUCUUAAUGGCUGGCAGCGGAGAGUCGACAAGGGCACGAAGGAACCAGACCUACGAAGCAACCGGUACAAGCUCUACCCACAGCCAGACCUACCAGGCUGUGACUGCUUCUUCUGGCUCUUACUCUGGCUUACUUUUCUUGAAGUUGCCUACUAUGGUCGAAAACUCGAGCCUGAAGACUACAUCUUUCCUGCAAUAGGUGCAAAUGGCAUUGUCCACUGUGGUGAACCUAUCUCGCACGACACUGUUCAAGCAUGGAUCAAUGAGGCAACCACAGAAGCAGGAAUCCCACGAGGUGCAGGUGACAACUUCACGACCCACACCUAUCGACGUGGUGGUGCACAGUGGCAUUGGAUGUUUGCACCUAUUGGUCAGUGCUGGACUCUCGCAAGGGUCAGGUGGUGGGGUUCAUGGGCAGAGAAUGAGAAUCGUGACACACUCAUCCGGUAUCUCCUUGACGAACUCUCCACCUAUGAAAACGACCAUAGUGAUGCCCUCUGUCCAACACAGCGUGAAGCUGAUGCAUCUCUGCUUGGAGAGCACUUGCUUGUCAAGCCCAUUUGCAUCCAAGACCUGCAGUCAAUGCAUGACUGCAUCUCAGCUGAUGUUGCAGGUUUGCGGAGUGACUUACACACCCUCGCAGCCACGCUCUACAAUGGGCAGCUGACUAACAUGCCCGACUCACCCAGCAGCACAGGCAUGUGCAAUGCUCCGCUGCACUCGUCAACUCCACCGUCAAAUCCAGGCAACCCCCCCUGCACCCCAUCACUCAUCCCAGUUACCCAGCUCUGA